GGUACUUCCUUUGUUUGCCUCGCGGGAAAAUUAAACUUUUGAAUCCGAGCAUUUUAAGACGAUCAAAAGCCCUGUCCAUCCACAAAGCCGUUGUUCAAUAAAAAAGCAUGAAGACUAUGAUAUACUUCAUUUAUCUGGUUCAAUUUUACCUGAUAUUUUCAAUCACAAGGAUCAGAUCAUCUAAUGGGCCCUGGAGGGUCUUGGAGGAUUCUUACUACAGGAUGGACCAAAGAUAUGGCAACGGAAAUGUUGUUGAGACAUUGAUUAUUGACGGAAACAGAGAAGUGGAUGCAAUUGAUUUCUCCUGGAGAAGCACUGGAUUAUGUCCUGCACUGCCGCAUCAAGAUGCAGACAAGUUUCUUCUCUCUCAAGAUAUGGUUCAAAAUUUGGCCUAUAUUGGAGCCAUACCCCGUAGCGGCAUCAAACAAGUCCGCAUUCAUUGGCUCUUGGAUCUCGUGAAAGUUUCCAGGUUUGAAAAUGGAACUCCUGUCUAUAAUUUCUCCCGCCUUGACCAGCUCGUGCAGACGCUGUGGAUGAACGGUCUUCGACCAGGAUUUGAACUGAUGGGAAAUCCGUCCAACAUUUUCUCCAACUUUGAGAACAAAACUCAAGUCUUCAUGUGGAGAGAUCUUGUCCAUACUUUGGCAAAGAAUUAUAUCGACCAAUACGGAUUGGGAUAUGUAUCGACGUGGAACUUUGAAACUUGGAAUGAGCCGGACCAUAAGGAUUUUGACGGACUGAACAUAACAGUAAAAGGUUUUCUUAACUAUUAUGAUGCUUGUUCAGAAGGUCUUCAUCGUGCAAGCCCAGAGUUGAGAUUUGGCGGACCAGGGGCCUCUUGUCGGGAGGGCUCCUUUUCAAAACGGUGCUGGGCGCUUUUGGAACAUGUGUCGAAUGGAACAAACUACUUCACUGGUGAGAAAGGAAUCCGAAUAGAUUUCAUAUCAUUUCACAAAAAGGGGGGCAAAACGCUGCCAGUCUCGUCUAGUAUCUUAACUUCAGAGUACGAAACCAUGUCGAAGAUCUACAAUGAAUAUAAGUUAUUAAGAAAAGUACAAGUAUUUAAUGACGAAGGUGAUCCGCUGGUUGGAUGGAGUAAACCGCAAACCUGGCGAGCAGACGCACGAUAUGCAGCAAUGGUAGCUAAGGUCAUUGUAGAGCAUCAAACUCUUACAAAACAAGACAUACCAAUGAACUUUACGUUACUGAGCAACGACAAUGCAUUCCUGAGUUUCAACCCGGAAUUCUUCACGCAGCGCACCCUAUUGGCAAGAUUCCAAAUGAACAAUACGAAUCCGCCACACGUCCAGUUCAUCAGGAAACCAAUCCAUAGUGUCAUGGGACUUUUGAGCCUAAUUGGCGAAAAGACGCUUUCAGUAAAUAACACUGGAGAAAAUAUAGGACUUCGUGGACUCGGAUCACUGCAUAUUCCAAAAGAUGAAACUCUGACAGAUAAUGUUGAUUUGUCAGUUCUGGUUGUAAAUUCUUUGGACACGGAGGAAGGACCAUACAAUGCCUCUGUAAAGGUCACCAUCAUUGAACCUUCUGUUAUGCGCGCAAAAGAAUUAGUGAUGGUGCAGUACCAGAUAGACCAGAAGAAUGGCAACCCAUACAGAGCCUGGCUAAAAAGACACCAACCUUUCACUCCUUCCUCGCAAGAUUUCAAAAGUAUGAGGAACGCAGAGGGCAUUGUGCGUAUUCUUGGUCCAUCCCAUUUCCAAUUUGAUAAUGGAGUGGCCAGCUUUGACAUCAGCGUGCCUCUCCCAGGAGUCGUCUUUGCCCACAUUUGUGCCAAGCCAGCGGCACAACCUGACCAGGUCCCCAACCUUACUGUCCAGAAUGUCACAGCGGGAGUAGUCUUACUAACAUGGUCCGAUAGCUGUGUUCAUAGUCGAUGUCUACUCACAUAUGAAAUAGAAUACUCUGCCACCAAUAAUGGUAACUUCUAUAGGAUCAAUAUGAAAGAUGACAUAUUCACUCUCUUCGUCUAUUCGCCCCAUCAAGAUCCUUCAACAGCUGAGGUUAUGGUGAGAGGUUAUUACCGCGUUCGAGCGACAGACUACUGGGGGAGAUCGGGAGAGUUUUCCCUUGUCGUCCCGUAUGGGAAUUGAUCAAGCUGGGCAGCAGGCUUAACUACAUAUCAUGUAUAAGAGGAUGUCCAUCAUUAACAAUGAUAAAUGUUUUCUGGAAGCUGAGCAAUGUCAAUAAAUCGAGGGCCAAUAUGCCUGGCCCUGAAUUAUUAUAAGAAUAUGGAAUGGGUGUUGCAUCACACAGCUGAAAUUAAUGAAUUUGAAAGCUCGUAUGAAUCUGAUACAGAUGUAAUUGGUGCUAUUCAAGAUUAUAGGUGCUAUUAAAUAAAUAUUUAC